GCAACGCCCUCUCCAACCUGAUUGGGUAAUUGUGUAAUCCCAUUGGUCUACCCAUAUGUCAGUCAACUAAUCUUUGCUUCCUGGUUCUCCUGGCUGUCAGAGUUGUAUCACCGUUCUCCCGGCGUUAUCAUCAAUUGAACAUAGAAAAUCAGAACAGCAUCAAUGGCGUUCCGGAAGGCCUUGAAAGGGACAGCUAUCAUCGGGACCGGGGCGGCCGCUGCUCUUCUGGGCCUAUCACAACUGUCGGAAUACAGAAAGACACAGAAUAAAUGGGCACGGCUGGCGUACGUAGCGGCGGAGGGGGAGUUAAAGCAGCCGUUUAAAGAUGAGCUCCCAACCAGACAGGCUCAGCUCUCCACCCUGCAAGACACUGAGGAGUUUGACGUCCUUGUCGUAGGGGGAGGGGCCACGGGCUCCGGAUGUGCCUUAGACGCUGUCACACGCAACCUCAAGACUGCCCUGGUGGAAAGGAAUGAUUUCUCAUCGGGGACCAGCAGCCGGAGCACCAAGCUCAUCCACGGGGGAGUACGAUACCUCCAAAAGGCCAUCAUGAAGUUAGAUUACGAACAGUACAUGAUGGUGAAAGAGGCUCUCCACGAGCGCUCCAACCUGCUAGACAUCGCCCCUCAUCUGUCUGCCCCACUACCCAUCAUGCUCCCUGUUUACAAAUGGUGGCAGCUGCCAUACUACUGGGCUGGUAUAAAGAUGUACGACCUGGUAGCUGGAGGCCAGUGUCUGAAGAGCAGUUAUGUCCUCAGUAAGAACAAGGCUCUGGAACUCUUCCCCAUGCUGAAGAAAGACAAGCUGGUGGGAGCCAUCGUCUACUAUGAUGGACAGCAUAACGAUGCUCGUAUGAACCUGGCGAUCGCCCUGACAGCAGCCAGACAUGGUGCUGCCAUCGCUAACUACACAGAGGUGGUCCACCUGCUGAAGAAAACAGACGCAGGGACGGGCAAGGAGAAGGUCUGUGGGGCGCGCUGCAGGGACGUUAUCACAGGAAAUGAAUUUGACGUCAGAGCCAAAUGUGUCAUUAACGCCACGGGACCGUUCACGGACUCUCUGAGGAAGAUGGACGACGGGAAAAACACUAACAUCUGCCAGCCCAGUGCUGGGGUUCACAUAGUUAUCCCUGGUUAUUACAGUCCUGACAACAUGGGUCUCCUGGACCCGGCAACCAGCGACGGCCGUGUCAUCUUCUUCCUGCCCUGGGAGAAGAUGACCAUAGCCGGGACGACGGACACGCCCACUGACAUCACCGCCCACCCCAUCCCAAGGGAGGAAGACAUCAACUUCAUCCUGAACGAAGUCCGCAACUACCUCAGCCCUGAUGUAGAGGUGAGGAGAGGAGAUGUCCUGGCAGCGUGGAGUGGUAUCCGUCCUCUGGUCACUGACCCCAAUUCUAAAGACACCCAGUCCAUCUGCAGGAACCACAUAGUCAACGUCAGCGACAGCGGCCUGGUCACCAUUGCAGGUGGGAAGUGGACAACGUACCGCUCCAUGGCAGAGGAGACCCUGGACGCUGCGGUUGCAGCCCACAGGCUGGGGGGCGGGCCCAGUAAGACAGUGGGCCUGGUGCUGGAGGGGGGCCAAGAUUGGAGCCCCACCUUGUACAUCCGACUGGUGCAGGACUACGGCCUGGAGAAUGAGGUUGCCCAGCACCUGGCAGCAACGUACGGGGGGAAAGCAUUCGACGUGGCCAAGAUGGCGCGUGUCACUGGGAAGAGGUGGCCCAUCGUAGGGAAUAGACUGGUCUCUGAAUUCCCUUACAUUGAGAGUGAGGUGAGGUAUGCUGUUAAGGAAUAUGCCUGUACGGCCAUCGAUGUGAUCGCCAGGCGCACACGGCUGGGUUUCCUCAACGUGCAGGCUGCUGAUGAGGCUCUGCCACGCAUCGUAGACAUCAUGGGCAAGAUGCUGGACUGGAGCGACAAGAAGAGGACGGAGGAGCUGGAAGCUGCUAAGAAGUUCCUGUACCUUGAGAUGGGCUACAGGUCCCGCUCUGAGCAGCUGACCGGGACCACAGAGAUCACACUGGACACACAGGAAGUGGCAAAGUACACAAACCGGUUCCACAAGUUUGACAAAGACAGUAAAGGCUUCAUCACCACAGUGGACGUUCAGAGGGUCUUACAGAACAUCAGUGUCCAAAUUGAUGAGAACGCUCUCCAUGAAAUCCUCAACGAAGUGGACCUCAACAAGAAUGGACAGGUGGAGCUGAACGAGUUUUUACAGCUGAUGAGUGCUGUGAAGAAGGGCCAGGUGUCUGACAGCAGGUUGGCCAUCCUGAUGAAGACAGCUGAGGAGAGCCUGGAUCUGAGGGGACCUGUGACUGUGGACCGCAGUGGAGGAGGGGUGUGAGGAGAGCCCAUCCGCACCACCACACCACCACACAUUACCACCCCACCGUACCAUCACACCGUACCACCACACCACACCACCACACAUUACCACUACACCACACCACCACACUAACCAGAGCUGUGGUGCUAAGAAUGACAAUGAUGAAAGGGAUGAUAUUGUAAACAACAAGAGUACAAACUAGAUUUGUAUCCUAAUUUAAUCUAGGUGAGUAUGUGUCAACCCUGAGUGUUUUAUUGUGAAGUUGAGGCUAGAUUGGGGCAGCAGGUAGCCUGGUGGUUAAAAGCGUUGGGCCAGUAACUGGAAGGUCAAUGUGUCCUUGAACAAGGCACUGAACCCUAAUGGCUCCUGUAAAUCGCUCUGGAUAAGAGAGUCUGCUAAAUGACUAAAAUAUAAAAAGUAGUUUGAUGUUAGACAUUUUUUAUAAUAAUUCUUUGUAUUGAUAUUUUCAUGGAGGGAAACAGGGACUAUCUGGCCUGUUUUCCAUCACACUGGAUUCUCACUACUACAAAGUCAAAUGGUUUGACAAUCAGUGCCUCUGACAUAAAGCUGUAACUCACUGUUCAUACGGUCUAUAAUCUUAUCAAUGCUUCGCCUUAUAUGGCUUUGUAAUAUAGUUUAUUGUUAUAUUAUUCCGUCUUAUUUUUGUUAUCGGUGUCUUAUGGAUGUCCACAUUUCACUGGAGCUGUACUUUGGAUGUGGUUCUUAUGCCCUUUCUCCAAUACAAGAACCAGUUCUUCCUGGUUGCGCCUGAUUCCGCUUCGUUAGGGACAGCCGGCAUUACAGUACCAAGCAGUUUAUUCACACUCAAGCUUAACGUUUCCACGUCUUCAUUUCUGACUUCAGCAUGCUACUUUACAUCACUGUUCCUCGCCGCAGUCACAUUGUAUAUUUAAGAAAUAAGGCCCGAGGGGGGUGUGGUAUAUGGCCAAUAUACCACGGAUAAGGGCUGUUCUUAUGCAUGACGCGUUGGCGAAGUGCCUGGACACAGCCCUUAGCCGUGGUAUAUUGGCCAUAUAUCACAAACCCUUGAGGUGCCUUAUUGCUAUUAUAAACUGGUUACCAACUUAAUUAGAGCAGUAGAAAUAAAAGUUUUGUCAUACCCGUGAUAUACCACGGCUGUCAGCCAAUCAGUAUUCAGGGCUUGAACCACCCGGUUUAUAAUGGCCAAUAUACCACUGCUAAGGGCUGUUCGGCACGACGCAAAGUGGAGUGCCUGGAUACAGCCCUUAGCUGGGCUAUAUUGGCUAUAUACCUCUAACCCCUGAGGUGCCUUAUUGCUUUAUAAACUGGUACAGAUAAGUUACCAACAAAAAUAGAACAGUGAACAAAGAUUUUUGUGUCAUACCGUUGGUAUAUUGUCUGAUAUACACACAGCUGAAAUGCUGUUUUGGCUAAUCAGCACACAGGACCAAACUACCUGGUUUAUAAUAAGGCUUUUUUUCCUGGCACACCGGUGACAACGACAUUUCUAUAUCUGCUGUCUGCUAGCUAGCAUACACUGGUCUGUCUGAUGCACCUUAAGUAACUGACUCCAUCUUUAUCCUUACUGUUUUUAAAUCAUGGCAGAAUGAAUGCUUUUUUACUACUGCUAUUGCUACGUCAUUAUAUAUAUAUUUUAAAUGUUAAAAUGUAUUCAUUAUAAUGUUAUUCACUCCUUCCAUCAUUCAAAGAACUUAAGAUAAGAUAGCUAGAGGUGUGAGUGGUGAUGAGAUGUACGUCUAAUGCUGAGAGGAUUAACGGAACAAUCUGGAACGUUCAUUUCCAGUCCAAUGUGCUGCUGCCGCUGCACUUGUUUGUAAACUGGAGGUGACCACCUUUACCUUUCCAGAAAGUUACAAAUUGUGCCUUUUUCAGUGUUGUAUGGAAAUGUCUCUUCACUGUCUGUAUCUGUCUGCAGUGCACCUGAGCUUGUACAGUAUUUGUACUAUUACUAAGUUAGUACUUGCAGUUCUGCUGAUUAUUUGUGGUUUUAUAGAGGGAAGCAGUUGAAGGGGAAUGUAUGAUCUCUGCCUUGCUUUCAAACACGGUAUGACGUCAUAUGAAUUGAACCUAUUCCAACUCAUUCCUCUAUAUUUUACAUAUUUGAACUGUCUUAAUGUUGCAGUUAUUAAAAAGCAUGUAAAGAUACAUAUUCUAAAACUUAUUUUUAAAGAAAAUUUGUAUUUUACGAAUGGAUAAAAGGAACAUCACAUUUUUUGAUAGUGUUCUGACUGGUUCUUAAUAUUGGUCUUGUUAGCAUGUUUGUAAUACAAUUUGCGUGUGUUCUUGUUUUGUCUAAAAAGGCUGAGAGAAUCAUUCUAGAGGCUUCCGCUGUGUACUCUUACUGUAACUGAAUCCAACCAUGUGUAUCAGUCUUUUGACACAUGGGAGUUUUCAGUACAAUGCCUUGACAGCCAGGGCCAACUUUGUCUAUGUUUGCUUGUGUCUGCUUGGAUGAAAUUCCAGCCUUAUCCAGAUGGAAAGAGAUUCAUAGUCCUCUUUUUUCAAUAAACACUGUAAGUCGAUCUCAAAAGCUUUUCCAAGACACACUGCAAUUAUGUCAUUAAAUGUAUCUGGUUGCUAACAACAACAUUGUUUUCGUGUG